GGUGGCGAUGGUGGUGAUGGUGGUGAUGGUGGUGGUUGUAGGCCCACGAGAUACAACACAUACUACCGGCCUACGUGUUUCUUCUUUCUCUGUCGUAGUGUCAGCAGGCCUCUUACGCUCGGCUCACUUUGUGCGAGGCGUCAGUGACUUCGCGUCCGCCGUUCCGAUCGGAUCUUCUCCUGGAUCAAGUACACGAAAGCUCAUCUCUACGUUCGUAGAUCGUUCGUUGAGUAUCUGAAAAGCGUUUAAAUAAAAUCCAUUAAAAAGGAUUCGCGAAUAAUUUUGAUUGGCGUGCUCCUCGACGAGCCUUCGAAACUCCAUAUUUAUUCUCUUAUAAAAUAAAUAUGAGAGAAGAGAAACGAUCCCGUAAAAACAUUCGACAUAUUAUUCAAACCUCUGAAAGAUGAACGUUCCAGAACUUCGCUCCAAGUGGAAAGAUCUUCUAGAUCGUUCGUUCUUUUGAAUAGAAUGCUAGGAGAAUUCGCUCGUUUAGAUCACGAUUUCUCUGGUGCGAUUUAAAAUCGCGCGGUAAGAAAACUGCUGCUGCUGCUGCUGCUGCUGCUGCUGCCGCUGCUGCUGCUGCUGCUGUUGCUGUUGCUGCUACUCCGAUCGAUCGCUUCGGCAUGCGAGAGAACGGAGCGAGAUAUCGAGGCAUUUGAAGGGCUCCCCAUGGCCUGCGAGAGAACGCAGAGCGAUAAAACUUGGAGAACGCGAGAGGGAAGGAGAAAGAGGGAUAUGUAUCUUACGUAGCACGUGAGAAAGCGGAGAUGCACCGGUAGAUCGUUAAACGCGACGGGGAUCGAACCGCGGGAGAUAACCGGCGUGCAAAAGAGAGAAAAACAAAAAAAGAACAAAAAGAAAAGAAAGGAAAGAGAUACCUACGUAUAAAGAGAAAAAGGGAGAUAGAGAGAGAAAACGAGAAACGACGAAGGAAGAAUCGCAGUACGCUCGAUAGAUCGAUCUCGAUCGUGCAUCGGAAUCCUCUCGAAUCUUUUCCCGCCGUUUGAAUCGAUCUCGGUCGAUCGAUUGAAAAAAGUGCCGACUCGCGAGUGUUCUUCUUUCGGAAGCGUUUCAGAAACUAUCCGCGAGUAUCUAGAACGUGCCAAAUCGAACGUCUGCUACGUACAACGAAUGCAAAAUCGUAAACCUCGAUUUCACUACGUACUGUUGCAGCUUGGUAACAGUUUAGCGUGUAGUGAAUGAAUUUUGCCUUUAUCGAGAAAAAUUCAAGAGGGAAAUAAGAAGAGAAAUAGAGAGAUUGGAUAAUAAAUAAAGAGGUAAUAGAAAAAGAAGGAAAGAAGGAAGGAAGGAAGGAAGGAAAGAGAACACGUUGAAAGUGACAGUGAAUGGCAGGGUACGAAGAGGCCGAGUGACAUAAUCGAAGAAAGUGCUAGAGUAAGAGAGAAAAAGAGAGAGAAAGAAAGAGAGAGAGAGAGAGAGAGAAAGGGGUAUAGAGAGAGAGAGAGAGAGAGAGAGAGAGAAAGAGUGAGAGAGAAAGAGAAAGAGGGGAGAGGACCGAACCUGUUAUUAACCGGUAAACGCGCAGCCGCGCUCCUGUCAAGGUGGUGGUAAUGAACCGACGAGAAGGUGCAGAGAUUCGAAAUGCUUUUAAAGACAGGGAACGGUACGGUCAUCCGGCCGGUGCGAAAAUCAAAUGACGAAUCGCCCGAGAGAUCGGGCACGAUGCUUCUUCUUCCUCGUGUGUUUCCUUUCUCGUACGAUCCUCGAGCUUUUCGAUCGUUCUUCCAAUAGAAAAGAAGAAGAAGAAGAGGAGGAGGCUCGAUCGUGAUAUGUUGGAGAGGUGUUUCAGAGAAAAAGAAAGAGGAGAAAAGAAAAGGAGUUGUGUCGUCCUUGUGAUCGGUUAGAUCGAGAAAGUAAGAGAAAAAAGAUUAGGAAGGAACAAAGGAAUAAGAAGAAAAAGAAGAAGAAUAAAAAAGAAAUAUAAGGAAGUAUGUCGUCGAACGGUGAGUUCUCGACAAUGUCCAGCGAGGAAAUGCCCUCGUUACCGAAGAGUCUACCGAGUUCUCGCGAGGCGACGGCCGAGGGUAGUUCCGGCUCGAGUGGCGGAUAUAUGCCGCUUCGAGAGUUCCUAGAUCGAUUUUCGCUACCGAGGGUCGUCAGGCUUGAAGGUACCAGCGGCAGGCCCGUCCUCCUUUACAAACAACAACAGAGAUCUCUUCGAGUAACUGCUACCUUACUGAUACAUCGAUAUCGACACGACGUUAAAGUAGGACCAGAAAUUGUCAUUCCUGAGGGUUAUCCAGGAUGGUUUUCUGUGAUAUCCGGCAAUAACACAACGGGUAGUGCACGCGUCUACAGAAGGGUGGAAUCCUUGGUACGAGCCGGUGUACCAGCUUUCCUUCUGGCGGCGCCAUUGAGAGCAUAUACACUUACGCACUCGAAAAUGGAAAAUGGGAAUCUUCGUGCUCACUACACAAAAACUACGAUAAGAGCCGGUGAGAUACUGCGACUGAUAGCCGUUUUUCAAGAUACGAGAAAAUGCACCUCGGUUACUUUUGGUAUCUCCGGAGGAUCAUCGGAGAGAGAUCAAUACGCGCAAUGUUUGGAUCCUCACGGACGAGAAGUGUUUGCACCACUCUCAGCGAGGGGUGAAUUUUACGCGAUAUGUCAGAACGGAAGUACGGAUACUGGAAGCGAUGCAGUGCUCUAUAAAGUUCAUCAUCUUGCAAAGAGGCCUUUACCUUUGAGAGUACGACUGAUAGCAGGUCCACUGCCGGUUCCAUUACCAAGAGAAUAUGGUGGUUUGAUGCAAUUGGAAUCUUCAACGCGUGGUCCUAUCGUUUUAGGAUGUAUAGUUCCAGAAAGGCCGGUCCAUAAUCCAGAAAUGUUGGAAUUAGUAGUAUCUGGUAAUGGUGCACCUAGAGUGAGAAGAGCACGAUUAGGUUAUCCAUCAGAAGCAAGAUUGUUGGCAUCACCGAAGAUGCAAAGACUCCUUGCCGCGUGCAGCCGAGCAGUCGGAGAUCGUGCAACGGAACCACGAGUGGCACCUUUGAAAUUACAUCCAAGCACGGAGAACUUAAAGGAGAUGCAUUUGAAGAAGAUCAAGCCGAAGCCGGAAACGAGACCGAUACUUCAGAGUUUGAGGGAUGGCCUGGAGCAACUGAAGAAGACUACUGUUAGGGAAAGAAGCCGGACGAGGCAGAAUUCUGGAAAUGGUUUUCUAGAAAGGAUCUCGAAGCUUGCUCAAGGUAGUCGUAGCAGAAAUCCCGCUAAGAAAUCAGCGUCGUUCACAUUCGCUGUUAGACCCGAAGUCGCUAUGAAGUCUCAGGAACGCUACUCCAGUUUGGAGCCAGAAACUACCUCUCGACAGAGUCGCGUGGACUCUUCCAAACAACCUGUACAAAGAUCGGUGUCGACCAGUGUCUUGGAGGUUCCACCAACGAGCGUCGAACUUCAACCGAAUUAUUCUCGCGUCCGUGACAGCCUGACACCUCUUCCGCCAGUUCCACAACCAACGAAGCCCAAAGCCGAUGAGAUUUAUGCAGAGAUAUGCGACAAUAACACGACUGUCCAGAUACAAAACUGUCCUGGAAGUCACGUCAUGGCUAGCAUUAAGAUUAUCGUAAAGGGUAAUGACGCUCCGUUGGAAGAACAAAAUCCAAUCCGCAAGAAUAGAUAUAUCAAUUCGAUAAUAAUUAACGAUCAGAUCGACUCAAUUAUCAGCACAGAGGACGAAGUUAUUUACAAUACGAUAUUUUGAACAGAUUGGAUUACGAUCUAUCUAUGUAUUUCGAUUAUUCUUUUCUUUUUGGAGCCAUCAGAGAUACCAUUUAGAAAAUAGAGAUGGGCUGUGCUUCGUGAUCAAUAUCGCACCGAUCGUACUUCUCUCGUAGUUAUUCUUUUUCAAUUUGUAUUAUAUUUACGUAAGGAAAAUUCUUUGGAAUAAGUAUGCGUAAGUUUAGUUACGAGUCUAAUAUACUUUGUACAUAUUUUUUGCCACAUGUGUUAACUGUAAUAAGGCUACGUACGCGCGCAUAUUAAAACUGCAGAUCGCUCGAUGUAAUUAAAAAAAAAAAAAGAACAAAAAAAUUAAAAAAAAGAAAAAAACAAAAAAAAACAAAAAA